AAACUGAAGAGCGCAAGCUUUCAAGUUUAAAGCGUUACCGCCUGAGGUCAGAAUGUUUUGAUACUUGUGUGGAGAUAUAGCAUGUUUAGGAGUUUGUGUGAUGAUCUUGUCUCGAUUAUUGUGGACAUUUAUGAAGAAAACAGUUUUUAUGAUCGUCAUGUGAAAGCAACAAAAACUAUUAAAUUGGAACUAAAUAGAAGUUACGAUAACCUACAUAAAUUGAGUUGGUUUUAUCACAAUCUAAGAGCCAAAAUUAUCUUUUAUACAUUGAGACUCAAUGGAUCUAAAGAUAUGGGUAGACUUCCAUAUUGUUCCUUCAAUACAUUAAAAUUCGAGUUACCAACUGGUUCUCUUCAAAAUUCCUACAUUGAGUUCUUCAGAUUACUUAGGAAAGAUCCUAUGUUUGUUGCAGAACUAUUACAUUACUACAAGUUCAGUCCCCAAAUAGUUGAGAGGUUAUUUACUUCAGUGUGUUCAGCUAUAUGUACAAACCCUGUAAAUUCUCCCAGUAACUUAGUUCAGCUCACAAUUGCUCAUUAUUUGCAGCAGUGCCUACAUAAUGUAAAGUGUGCAAUGUAUUCCAAGUCAGAGCUAAUGCUCUUGGUGCAUUUACUCAUCUUUGGUACUCCAGAUGUUCUGUCAUUCUUAAGUUCUGUCUUACAAAAUGUAUUCCACAGGUUUACAAACAGUAGCCCCAAUCUUUCAAUUAAUAUGCUUGAAUGCGAUAAAAAUUCUGCUGAAUUUGCCAGCAAUGUUUCAUCGGGCGCUUUCACAGUUAUACUUCUCAAUACCAUAAUUAGUAGCUUGUCUGAUAAUAUGCUGCUAUUUCCUCAGUCAGUUCUUAUUUUGCUGGGUAAUAUGCGUCGUAUUUGGUCUACUGCCAACCUGUCACAUAAAGAAGUUCUGCGUGCGUGCGUGGAGUUUAUUUUCAAAGACUUUAUUGGAUAUGCUUUUGAAAAGCCCGCAUUAUACAACAUCAACCUGAAGCUCAUAUCGUCUCCUAGAUUUUUCACAAUUUUGAAGGAAACGAUCGAGGUUAUUUCUUCCAUAGUUAUCGAGGGCGAAAAUUACUCAUUAACUGCCAGUGAAAUUAAUCAAAACGAUUCGGCAAUUAUCCAUAAUGAAUGUACAAAAAUAGAAUAUGGUCAGCUUCAAGGAUUUGCUCAAUUUAUACUUGGUGCUGCUGAUUCUAUGGCCUUCCCGAAUAGUUUGUUUGAAAAAUGCUCUGAAAAUUUGUUAGUUGGGAAAAAUGAAAUUCAGCAUCCUGAGUCAGAUGACUGUGUUUCAAAGGAUUCAUGUAGUUGUGAUGUCGUCUCAAUAACGCCUAAUGAUCUGAAUAUUUUAGUUGGGUGUAUUCGUAUAUUCUUACAAACAAAGUCGAACUCCCACCCAUUCCUCAAAAUAAUUGAUGGUUUACCGCAUAAUGUUCCGGGUGCUACUGUGGAAGUAGAACUAUCUGUGGAUAAUGCUUCAUUUGGUGACGCAUCAAGCUCAGACACGAACGUUAUGUCUGCUGUUUUGGUUGAUAUAUCAGAAAAUAAUACUACUAAAACUCUAACUCGAGAAAUUAAAAGGUCGAACAGUAAUACACCAUCACCACAAAGGCGACGCAAUCGUUCAUUAAAUCGUUUGUUUAAUGGAAAAUAUAACUAUUCUAGUCAUUCCCAAGACAUUAAUAUUGACAAUGCCGGAGUUGAAAAUCCAAGUCUAUCAGGGAAAAACGUUAAAUCCAAUGAUGAAAAUUCAGAAUUUGUCUAUUUAUUCAAUUUAUAUUCAUAUCAUUGCUCUCACCAUCAGAAGAUGCCUUCUGAAAAUCAAAUCGGUUGGUCACGGAAAGUAAGAAUGGGUAAAAAUAAAAUUGAUCAUCCAGUGGACGAAUCUACAAGUUCGCAUGGUGAUGAUGCAAGUGUUACAACGAGUUAUGCUUACUCAAAUGUAGUCAGAAAAUUUGUUAUGAAGGACACCAACCAAACUGCCUGUUAUUUUGUUCCUAGUAGUGUAAGUACUGGGUGUGGUAGAUCAAGUCAUCCACGUUUUGACCAAUAUGAUUCUAUCAGUGAAAUUCAUGUCAUUGGGAAUGUCAAUACAGGAGAUGGACAAUGUAAUUUAUGUGAAUCUCAUUGUUCUCCACUGGGCGAUGUUACCAAUAAUAUAAGUAACAAAAAGCACUCAUCCAUCAGCUUUUCUCACAAUCACUUUUUGACUGGUCAGCGUUCCAGUGAUGAAGCUACCUCACAAAACUCUGAUCCAAGUGGGUGCACAAGUUUAGCUAGCAGUGCUUGUGCUCUUGGACGACGUUUAGAAACAGCAACAUCUGUGAAUGAAUCACUACAAAACAAAAACGUGAGUGACUUACAGUUAAAUCAAGGAACAUCCCAUCCUACUUCAGUCUCUGGUCCUUCAAUCAACUCAUCGUCACAUAUUUAUUCAUUUUCACCACCAGCUUCCCCUAAACAUAGUUUCAGCAAUUCACGGAGUAAUGUCAAUGAUCGCACAACACAAUAUGUGGCAUGUAGUUCACUGUCACGUGGGGUCGAAAAACGUACUCGAUUUUCUAUUUCAGUUCUGCCCAGUAGUACCUCAGUUCGAGGAUUUGAAAAUUCGAGUCUUAUGCCUGACCAUGGAUUUAUGGUUCAAUCUAAAAUAUCAGAAACAAGGCGUGUUAAUGAAAGGUCCUCUAUCCAUCCAUCCGUUGUUAGAUGUAGUUCAAUCGAUCUAUCUCAGUCUGGUUUAAUCAACCAUUCGAAUCCAUUAACCGAAAGAGAGUACAAAUUUGAUGGACAUAAAUCGAACUUAGAUUUCGUUUCUUCCAUACCUGUAUCAAAUAAAAUGUUACGUAGUGAUGAUAAACCUACAAUUCAACCUCGGUGUUCUUCACUUACUUCUUUAUGUGCAUCUACUGGAAUCUCUUCACUUCCAGCUCAUCAUGUACGUCGGCACUCUCAAAAACUUCUUACAAGUACUUCCAAUCAGGAUACCGAAGGUCAAGGUACUCCUAGUUUUUCAGUGGAUAGUGCAUCAAGUGACAGUGACAGUGAUAGCGGUUUAAUAGGAGCGGCAGUUUCUCAGCAUAGUACUGCUUCUUCUUCAUGUCAUCUAAAUUCAUCGUUCAUACAGUCAUAUCAAAAUUCACAUGAUCAUAAUGAUGUUAGAGAAGUUGAUGAACAAUCUAGUUUAUUAACAUGUUCAUCAUGUGGAGUGCGUUUAGGUGAAGAUGUUAUUCCAGAUCCAAUUCCUGAAAAUGUUGAAUCUCAAGAUGUUGAUAUUAAUAGUGAUCAAAUUGAAACACAAGUUGAUGAACAGUCUAGUUAUCCAAGAGAUGAAGAAGACGCUCUUUCUGACCUACCUCUUUCAUCAGCAAAUAUAUCUGGUCGUGUGACACCGCUAUCUUUAACUAGUACAACGUCUCGUGGGGGCCAAUUGGCUCAACCAAUUAUCCAUGGUACGGAAAAUAAUUACCGUGUAUCAGGGAUGUUUUCUCAAUCUGGCCUUAUUCUUCCUACUGGAACAACAUUGCCAUCGAACACAACUCAUUUAGGACUUACAAGAUGUGGCCCUAAUGAAUUUCCGUCGACAAUGUUUCAAAGACAUUGCACACCAGACGUUACCGAAAAAUUUAAUAAAUUUGACUUACCUCCUAAUCGGAUGACAGAGAAUGAAACCAGAUCUACUGUGAGUGAUACAUGGUCUACUGAUGUACUUCCAUCGGAUACAGAAUAUACUGAUCUUGGUCAAGAAUUUUCAAAUUCACAAUCCAAUCUAAAUCCAGAUGCAGCUACUAGACGUCUUUCUAGUCACAGUGUGGCACGUGUUUCUCAUCGGCGUGGUCAUCGUCAUCAUCAUAGAAGGGCGCCUAUGUCAGAGUCGUUGAUCAAUGAAACUUCUGAGAAUAAUAACUUUCGAACAAUAAACGUUCCUUCGGAGUCGGAUAACAGAGAAAUCCAGUCAAGAGUUCACUCCAGCUCCCCAUUGAAUGAUGUAAUAAAUACAGAAGUGAAUGAAAGUAAUUUACAUGCCAUCAAUGAUUCUAUCCAUCCUAUAAUUAUGAGGAGUUCUCCGGCUACUUCUCAUUGUCAGGAUAGUCUUGACGGAUUAUCACAACCUAUCAAUUCUAAUCAUUCAAAUCAUCAUUGUUCUGGAUCAUUGGAUUCUUCAGUAAACGCUAAUCACCAUACUUCAUCUGUAAUGUCCACUAAAAUGGAUAACUCAUGUAAUGCUGGUGAAAAAAUCAAUGGUGAGCUUAGAUCAUCUACAGAUGAUGAACGGCACAAUGUGAAUACUUAUCGUCUCCAUGGUGGUGCACAUACUUUAAAAGAGAGUUUUUCACGUCUAAUGGGAAAAUUAGAUCUUAUGGCUCGACGCCCACGGAUAUCAGGUAAUUCAAGUAUUGACAAACAUCGCCAUACAUCACCCUCCCAAUACAACGAAUCCCAGUCUAAUCGUUAUUCAUUUCUUCCGGAUUUAAUGGAGUCAGUUUCUGUGAAAUCAAGAACAUAUUCAUCACGUGAUAAUCAACAACUUUUAAGUGCAUCAUCUUCUUUUUUGCCAAAUUCUAAUCAGUCGAAGCAACUAGCUGUUAAAUCACAAAAUUCAAAUCAAUUUGAAGAUGACAGUAUGAGAAAAGAAGAAACUGUCGAUGAAAUGAUGGAACGUUAUCGUAGACAAACAAAAGUUGUUUCACCAGACAAAUCCAUUUUUAAUCAUAUUUCCAAUUCUCAGUAUUCUAAUGAUGGCAAACAAAUCCCUAGUACUUCAAAUUCCAACAAAAUGGUCAACAAUAGUACUGUUGUUAGUGUUGAAAAUAUAAAUAGUUCGGACAAAAAUUUCUCUUCUAUCGCUUCAUUGCAAUCAUCAUCUUCGUCAUCAUCAUCAUAUUCAUUAUCUCCUGUUUGUUCACAAUCACGCAAAUCAAUUCCUCAUUUGUUCAAUUUAGCCUUAAAUGGUCUAGAAGAGAUAUUCUCUAACUCAACAUUAAAUAUUAUCGCUUUAAAUACUAUUCAAAAACUUAAGUCAACAUGGCAGAUGACAUGUGAUAAUCAAUUGUUACUUCGACAAUCACAAGAUAUAACUGGUGUAUUUAGUGAGAACCAAAUCUUUUUCUCCUUGUUAAAUUCAAUGCUAGCUGGAUUAUAUGGUACACAGCAAAAUUCAACAAUAAUUAACAUUCUAAUGGAAACAAGAAAUAUUAUAUUAGAAUUAAACAAUCUAUUAGAAAAUUGUUUAAAUUCUGAUUAUUCAACAAUUAAUGAUAAAUGUUCAAAUAAGAAUAAUACAGAAAUUAAUUUAAAUCAAAAUAAUUGGUUAUUCAAUUUAACUAAUAAAACAUUAUCAUAUUCUUUAACUAAAUGUUUAAUUUCUAGUCUUCGUCAAUAUCUUAGACAAAAUGAAAUUUAUAGAAUCCAAUUAAAAAAUAAUUAUGAACAAUUAAAUAAACUCAAAACAAAUUUAGAAUUAUCUAUAAAUUGGUUGCAACAAUCUAUACACCUUCAACAAGAAUAUAUUACAAAUAGAAAUUUAUUGGAAUUUAUUAAUCAACAUAGAAAAUUAUUCAUAGAAUUUCAUCAAGAAUUCACUAGUGACGAAUUAUCUUGUGAUCCAAAAUUACGUGUUGAAAUCGUACAAAAACUUGUUACACAAUUAAUUAAUAAAAUGAAAACUAAAUGGCGUGAAUCGUAUCUGAAUGAUUGUUUCACUUCAACGCAUUUAUCAUUAUUACAUAGAUCUGAUGUACCUCAAUUAUCAAUGAAUAUUUUGGGGGAUAGUUCAAUUACAAAUGAUAACAAUGUAGAAAGUGUGAUUAUACAGUUAGAAAGACUUGUUAUGGAUGAAAUUUAUCCGUUUGUAAUAUGGAUUAAUAAUCCCAGCGUAGAGAAGGAACGUGAUGAAUUAUUUCAUCGAGAGUUAGCAUUUUUACAAAAUACAAUAACACCAACAGAAUUACGAAUUUCAAAUGCAUAUCAUAAUGUUUUACCAUUAAAAUCUGUACAAAAUGAACUUCUAUUGUUAGACUGCUAUCAUACAUCAUCUGACAAACUUCGUUGUUUGAAACGUGUAAUAAAUCAUGUUUUAGCUGCUUUGCAACUAGCCAAUCCCACAUCAAUACCUUGUGCAGAUGAUCUUUUACCAGUGCUCAUUUAUUUAAUUAUACAUGUAAGUAUAUUUAUCAGAUAUAUUUUGCCUAUCAUUCUCACUAUAUAGAUACAUCGCAGUAAAAACAAUAUUAUUAAGUAACAUUGAACAAAAGAUAUAAUCUUAUCAUAUAACUCGGAUUGUUAAUUACAAACACUACUAAUAUGACUGAUAUACAGGAGUGUUGUUUAUUUUUCAUUAUCAUUAGUUUUUCACAGUAGGGUAUACUUUUGUUACAUUAAAUAAUCAGACUGAUUGAAUAUGAAUGCUCUGUUUUCGUGUACUGUGACGAAUAACUUUUGAUGAGAUUUGUCUAAUAUGGCUAGUAGCAUGAAUAGAAUUGAAGUACUUUCUUCGGUAUUAGUUAUUCAAUUUAUCGAAUGAAAGAACAUUAUUUAAAGCUUUUUUAAAGAAUUUUAUGUGUAUAACAGAUAAUUAAUAGUAAUUUAAGUAGAGCAAUCAUAAAAUAAGUAACUAGGUAUCAGACGUUACUAAGUAUGGAUUACUUGUCCCGAGUCCUGAGUUUGAUUCCUGACCAAGUCUUGAUUGUGCAUUGUGUUAGAGUCCCAUAUUAGAACAAAACAGCUGUUCAAUGUCUCUUAGUUCCCCAUGAUUAUCCAGCUAAGAUUAGUUCUUGUUGAAAAUCACAAAACAUAUACAUUAGCUUAAUUUAAGUAGUACAUAGUUUUAGAAUUCAGAUAAAUUUUUAUUAUAGCUACACGCUGCUUUGUUUUGAAACGGAGAGCAACUAUAACAGAGUAAUACUUUUUUCGAUAAGCUCUUCAUCAUGACUUUUACCAGUCUAUCGAUCCGUCUUACCAUAAUCAAGAAAAGAAAUACCAGUCAAAUGAUAUUGUGUUAACUAACAAUUGACACUACACAUGAUACCUUUUAAUAUGGGCUCAUCGAUUUUUAUUGGUAAUGCAGAAUUUGUUCUCGCUUGUCAAUUCUUCAUUAUAUUUUUCUAGACAAAUCCUCCUCGACUACUGAGCAAUAUCGAAUUUAUAAACAAUUUUGCUGGUGAUAACCUAAAUGGUGAAUUACAAUAUAUCUGGUGUCAAUUUUGUUCUGCCGUUGCUGAGAUUCGACGUUUAAUGUCUAUCAGACCAAUGAAUAAUAAUUAUGGUGGUAAUAAUAUCUGAAAGUUAUAAUUUCUAUUUUGUUUAAAGAACCCUUUUUUUUCUUUCUUUCCACACACUCCUCAUCACCAAUGUGUAGUUAAUCCUCAUUGGUCACUUUCAUAUAAUUCCAUUAUAAUAGCAGUAGUAGGAAGAUAGUGUAUUUUGUUUCUCAUUGUACAGCGUCAAAUUGCUCAUGGUUUCGGUUUCACUCACAACUUUUUUUUGUCAGGACAAAUCAUACCAUCAAUGGAUAAAUUAUCGUGAUGAGCGUUUGGAGACGUUUGUUAGUUGAUGUUUUGUUUUUGUAAUCUUUCUACUGUGAUUAACUUGAAAUAAUGUGAGAUAUUUUACACAUUCGUUUUUUCCACUGUAAUCGUGUUAAGAUAAUAAUUUAGUAAUAUUACUUCGAUUGUUAAAUUGUAUUCUGAUAAUCUUAAUUUUUAUAAACUUUGCAAUUAAAUCAUUUGUUGAAUAUCAUUUGAAAGUGUAUCACUCUCGUUUCUAAACAAUAAACUACAUAUGUACAAUUAAAAACUAAUAAUAAAUCAUAAUAAUACAUGAAUACUAUUUUUUCUUGAAAUUUUUUUUAAAGAUUUACAUUGUUUUGAUUGGUAAUUCAAGAAAAUAUCUUCGAAAAAAAACCCAGUGAUUAUAGAAUAGUUAAAUAUAAAGUAUUAGAUGUAUCCUUGUGCACAGUUAACAAAUAGAAUAAUUUAUGGAGUCAAUAAUCAAUUAAAGUGAUAUUCUUAUAUGAGGAUAACAGUGAAUUUGUAAUGAUAUUUGCAAAUAAUAAAGGUUAAUGAAAAUUAAGCAAACAUUUUGAAAAAAAUACUUUGUUUUAAGUUAAAAGGUAAAUGGCAAAGCACUAUAAUAAUGAAGAAAAAUUAAAAUAAAUGCUGGAACUAUGAUGACAUGAUUCACUUGAAGUCAUGCCAACUAGAUUCCUGAGGUAAGUUGUUCCAGCUUUGUAAGUGUUUCAUAUCACCAACUAGCAUCAUAUGUUGUAUAAUCCUCAUUGCAUACAUUUGUAUGGUUUUAUCGUAAAAUUUGUCUGUUGUAGAUGAUCAUUGACCAUGUUAACUAUUACUUUUUAACUCAUACAAGUCGUGGACGGUGGUAAAUAAAAGAACGACGACAUACGUUCAGUAGGUCUUGAGCUACUUCAUGAGGGUAAGACAGCUUUUCAAGACAUGGUGGAACCAGCGCUUAUCCAGAGUCUUUUACAAAAACGAUAAUUUGGUUACGCUUAUGAUCUUAUGUCAUCAGCACUGUUAUAGAUUCCAAACUACCACUCUUCUCAAUAUCAGGAGGAGGGCUUCAGGAAAAUUAAAUUAGGAUGUGACAUCGGACGUCUUGCUUUGGUCGACCACAUUAAUAUCUCUAUUUUAUUUUAACACAUAAGUAUAGGUACAGGGAGGCACCAAAAUACAUAUGCGCCACACAAAGCUCAAUUGAUUUGUGUGAGGGCUGUGAUACUGCCCGGGUGUCCAAACCGAAGCAGGUGGUUUUCGUAGGGGGCCACACCCCGAGCCUUUGACCUGAACGUCUGACCCACAAGGCAGUGGAGCAUCGUGAGGAGAUGCAGUCCCAUGGUAGCCGGUGACCAACGAUUGGUUCAUACGCCAUUUGUUCCCGCAGGAUACUGGAGCCCAUGUGCACCAUUGAUUUGGGGUCCGGUUAAAGCGCCAGACAUUCGCUUUUCGUCCUCUCAUUUUUGUAAACAACACCCCCGCCACGAGAAGGCAGUGAGUAGGACUUCCCUGGAAG